UGCUGUUGCUUUGCUGUUUACUGCAUUACACUUGCGGUAUUUUUUUGGGAUUGAGACUUAGUUUUACUAAAAAUGAAUACUAUGUUCAAACUAAAGUUAACAGCCCUUGGACAUCCGAACCCAGAAAGUUUCAAUUGCGAAGAUGAAAAGGAGUAUAGAAGUGUAGUUCUCUGGUUGGAGGAUCAAAAAAUAAGGCAUUAUAAGAUCGAAGAGCGAGAAGGGCUUAGAAAUAUUGACUCGGAUAGUUGGAAUGAGGCAUAUGAUGUAUAUCAAAGAGAUCUGGUGAGCCCUACUGUAGAUGGGCAGCCAAAUGAACAACUAAACUGGCUGCUCUCAUAUGCUGUUAGAUUAGAAUAUGCAGACAAUGUGGAAAAAUACAAGGAUGCAAAGGUGGAAGAAACAAAGCAGGCAACUCCAAAUGUGGUUUCAUCAAAUCCAUUGGACAAUCUUGAUUUUUCAAGCCCAGCAUUCAAAACAGGAGUGGACAGAGUUGCUACUCUUACUGGUGUAGGACCACAUCCAGACCCUAAGUUUAGAUUAUCAGCAAUUGCUAAAAUUCUCAAGUCAUCUCCGCAUCCAGAUCCACCUAAAACUGAGGGCAACAUUGUCCAACAACCAUCUGAUGUAUUGAAACUUCUAUUCGUUCAAGACCUUCGGGAGUUGCAGACUAAAAUUAAUGAAGCUUUAGUGGCAGUUCAAACUGUCACAGCAGAUCCACGCACUGACACUAAGCUUGGCAGAGUAGGCAGAUAAUUGUUUCUAUGGGUUAUUAUUACAAUAUUGUUAUCAAAGGGGGUCUUUAUUUACAAACUUAUGUCUGUCUUAACAUUGCCAUCUACGGAGUUAAAAAAUAUUUUAAAAUUGCACUUCACCUGUAUAAAUUAAUUGUUGAGAGAUUUCAAGUCCUUUAGGUUAAUAUGGCUGGGUAUAAUAAUGGCUGUUCCUUGAUUGAUGUGGCAUGACAAGUUUCUCAUCUCUUGAUAGAUGAUUUGACCCUUAUUGGUAACAAUACUGUAAUAAAUCUGUGUAAAUUCUAACAUAAAAACCUCUAUUGCAACUAUUGGUUUAGGUUUUAAUAUGAAUCAAAAAGCUGCAUUAGUGUUUUUAUUAUAUAAGUAACUGAUAUUUAUUUUAUAAAUAUAAUUAUUAAGUACCAAAAUCUCUCUU